AUGAAUUUUAUUCUGAUUAUUAUCUCCAAAGCUGUGCUCAUCUGGUCAUUUGGUCCACAUGGCAACUAUAAUUGAGGAAUAAAGCCUGUUCACUUUUAUCUUAAACAUAAAAUUGACUGCUUAAAAGCAAAUCCUUCCCUAUUUAGUUGAAUAAGCCAGAAUAUUAGCUUCAGCAUCUACACAAUACUAAGCGAAGAUAAGGCAAAUUCGCUUGAAAUGAAUUUUUCAAGUGUUCAAGAUUUGGCAGCUACAAAUUUCUCAUACUCAAAUAAUUAUCCUCAAAAUUUGUUUAUUCCAAUCGCGGCUUCAUUUCGCGCUAAGCAAUCCCUGAUAAUAUCUCCCUAUCAGGAAUUCUAUUUUGAUGCAGCUCCAAGCAUCAUAGAAAACCAAAAUUUUACACAAAAUCAUUAUUUUAGGUUAGAUUUAUCAAUAAAUCCGCUUACUUGAAAAAAAGCUUCGAAUUCUUAUGUAUCGAGGUCAAACAUUUUUUCAGAAUUUUAUAAUGCACCUUAUUAUUUAAUUGUGCUUUAUGCAUUUUUGAUUCUAUUUGCUCGUAAAAUUCUGGAUUUAGCAAAUAGAGAUGCCAAGCUCAAUUUUCAGCUAAUUACUAUAACUGGCCUCAUAGCACAAGUUUAUUGCAUUGCCUGUGGCUCUGGUUCUUUCUCAUACCAAAACAUGUUAUGCUUGUCAUAUUGUCCUACAGGAUAUUUGCAAAAUGCAGGUACAAAUACCUGUGAUUACAAUUAUCUUGUUACUCUUGCCAUGAUUUUAGAUAAUAAGAUUAUUCUUAACCAAGGGGGAGGGGUUUUGGCAGGAAAUUCGAUAACUAAUACUUAUCCAACUUAUGAUACAAAUGAUCCUUGACCAGUUAAAUCGAGAGGCUACUACUUUAAAUCUAAUAGUUAUUUAGCAUCACCUCUUAUGCUUUCUCCAACAUUUUCAAUUGCUAUUUGGCUAAAGGCUCAAUCAGCAGGAAUAGUUCUAGUCAAAACUAUAACAACAUACCAAUGGUUUGUCGAAAUUUUGUACUCAGGAUAUCCUAGGCUUUCCCUACUUAUUUCAGAUUCAUGAACUACAAUUUCAGUAACAGGAAGUUCUAAUGUUCUGAAUGGAUGAUUCUUUAUUUCAUUUGAUGGCUACAUUAAUGCUGACGGAACUACAACAAUAAGCUCUUAUAUUGAUGGAUCAUUCUUACAAUCUUUCACAACAGCAACUGCAUUAUAUGCAGAAGACAGUAUUUCAGGGAAUGCAUAUAUAGGAAAUGAUAUCAUUGGAUUUACAGGCUUUAUUUGGAAAAUGAAAAUUUAUUGCUUAAAUAAUUAUUACUUAGAUGAAUGGCGAACAUCAGGAUGCACAUCACCCUGCACAAAAUGUUCAGCUGAUUUAAGUUGUCCAAGUGAUUGUCCAUUAGAUAAGUACAUUGAUGGCUCAUCUUGUAAAGACUGUAAGACAAACUGUAAUAAGGGAUGUGUAAGUUCUGAUACCUGCAGUUUAUGUUUUACUAAAGAAUGCGCUGCAUGCACAGCAUUCAUAGGGACAGGGUCAUGCUUGACUUGCAUUACGAAUGCUGUUAGUGAUGGAAAUGGAGGUUGUACUUGCGAUUCAUAUGCAUUUUGGGUGUCUUUAACUCAAUCAUGUGAAAGAUGUGACGUGCUUUGCCCGAAUUGCCUAAAAACAUCUUAUUUUGAGUGCUCAGCUUGUUCAGGGAGCUAUCAAUUAGUUGGAAAUGUCUGUCUAAAUGGCUGUCCUUAUGGGUUUGGAGGGUCUUGUUUGCCUGCAACGACCCCUGUGAUAGAUGAGUCUUUCAAUGUAGAUUUUCAAGGCUCGUAUGGAGUUUUGACAGCAGGAGCCAGUUCAUCAUCUUUUCAGUUUUUUAACACUCCAGAAUCAGUUGACCCUAUUCCUGCCUAUAUGAGAGGCUUAUAUUUUGAUGGGAGUGCUUAUCUUUUAUCAUCUACAUCGGUACUCCUUUAUCAUAGUUUUUCUAUUGGAUUAUGGCUAUAUGUAACAGCGAGUGGCGAUAUAUUAGAAAAACAAACUCAGCUUAUUUUGUCAUCAUCAGGAGUUACAGCUAUUAUGGAAGAUCCUACUCAAACAUUAGCCUCUAAAACUUUGUCUUUAGGUACAACACUGAUUGAUUGGAAUUAUUUGUCAGUGACUUUUGCAUAUUCAUCUGGUAGUACAACUAUCACAAAUUUAUACCUAUUAGAUUAAAAAUUAAUAUAAAAAACCCUGAAAAAGUCUAAUUUUUAGUACUUUUUAUAUGUUUUAAAUAUUAAUUUGCAAGUUAUUUAAUAAAAAUUAGACUAUAUCAACAAUGUUGUAGCUUCAACCCUACCAGUUUCAAAUUAUAUUUAUAGAGACCUUGCUUCCACAAACUUAAUGAUUGGCAAAAGCAGCUCGUCUGGGUUUAAAGGGUUUAUUAACUCUUUUCAGCUCUGAAACGCACCAAUCAGCUCUUUUUCAAACUAUAUUAAUGCUGUAUGUGGAUCAGGGCAUGGUUUUCACAAAACUACCCAUUAUAAUACUGUUAUGUUAAAAUAAUAUUCUUUAACAUCAGAAUAAAAACUACAUAGAUGGCUAUAAUUUCAGAUAGAUGAGCAAAAUAUCCAAAUCCAAAAGAAAAUAGGAAAUUUAGACCUAAUACUUUAUAGUUUUUUUUCUUCCAAAUUUAAAAUAAAUCCCAAUUGAAAGCAAAUAUUUAUUUAAUUUGUAAAAUUUAUGUUUAAAAUGCAACUUGUUUAAUAUAAAAUAGAAUUAGCUUGAAAUUUCAUUAUAGAAAUAAUCAAUUAUAUAUUAAAAUUUUUUGUUCGCUCACGAGGAUGUAUUUUGGGCAAUAUGAUUUUUCCAAUGGUUUUAUUGGAAAAUUCAUUGAAAGAAAAACAUUUAUGGGUGAUUUUCAACUUUUCCAAGGGCACGCUUGUUUAUGGUCUUGUGACUUGUCUCAUUUUUGAAGCGGAUCUUCUUAUUUAUCCUGCAAUUCAUGCACCAAAGGCUGUGUAAGAGCCGGAAAUUGCAAUGUCUGUGACGAUUUAUUAUGCUUAAUAUGCACUGAUUUUGGAUCAGGAAAAUGCACUCAAUGCGUUUCUAAUGCUAGUAUUAUAGACACAAAUUGCCAAUGCAAUUCUGGAUAUUAUUGGAAUGAUACUAAUGAAAGCUGUGAGCUUUGCGAUAUAUCAUGCAAAUCAUGUACAUCUGCUAAUUGGUAUGAUUGCUUGACAUGCUAUAAUGGAUAUUAUAUGGUUAGUUAAAAAUAAAGUAAAAGAGCUAUAGAGUUAUAAGAAAUAGCCACUUGCCUUCAAAUAGCCAGUCUCAGGAUACCUUAGAUUCAAAUGAGGGAAAUGGAAGGUUGCCCCUUUUGUAUUUUUUUACAUGAGCCAUUAGUCCAAGGGAUUAGCCCUCCUAGUUUAGAGCCAUCAUCUAGGAGAUAUUUCGCCUCAGAGUCUAAUUUCCGUCAACGACACCAUUUUGUUUCUUAUAUGGUUUUAGGAAUUUGCUCUUCAAGCUGUCCAUCAGGAUAUAUUUCUUCAUCUACAGGUGUGUGUGUAUUUUCUCAAGAAAAAAUAUUUGAUUUAAAUUUGAAUAUACUGUCUUUAAAUACUUGAAGUCUUAAUACUAUUGAUACAAUUUAACAUUAUUUCAAGUGAUAUAAUAUUUUUAAAUCUUUCUGGUUUGGCCUUAGAAUAAAAUUUAUAAAAUAAAAAUUAAAUUAAUUUGAUUUUUCUUUAAAUUAUGUCUUGUCAUUAGUUAACUAAGUCAAUACUUUUAAAGAUUAGAGUCCUUUAAUAAAAGAAUACUCUGAAUGGUAUAGUGUAUGAUGAUGCAAGCUCAAUUCCAGUUAUAACUGGAUCAGCAAAACAAUUUUAUCCAGACUAUGAAGCCGAUGAUCCUAUUCCUGCUUACCUAACUCUCCCCUUCGCGAUAAAAAUAAUAUCCUCGGCUGAGGGCUUUAAUUAUUAAAAAAAAAAAAUUAUCAAAAAUUGGAAAAUAAAAAAAUUAGCUUGUAAUUAGAAUGAAGCAGUUAAAAGUCAACAGGAUCAAUAAGAGAUUUUUAUAAUAAUAAUUAUUGCUUAUAUAUUCAAAUAAUAUUUAUAAACAUUUUUUGCUUAAAAAUAUUUUUUAAUAAUGCUUUGCUCCAAAAAAUACGGAUUUUUCCAAUGUUUUGUUCUCUCACGGAGAGAAAGUAAGAGGCUUCUAUUUUAAUGGAGAAUCUUCAAUUUUAAGGAUGCCAGAGUACUCAACCUAUACAUCGCCAAAACUUGUUAUACCCCCGACCUUCACGAUUUCUAUAUGGCUUAACACUGAAACAUCUUAUUCAGCUAUAAUUUCAAAGCACGAUGUUUCUGACAAUUACUCAACGCUUUACUAUAUUUCUCUAAUAGCAGGCAAGCCGACAAUUUCGCUUCUAAUAAGCUCAUCUGCAUUUUUUUAUAUUUCUCAAGCAUCGCUUAAUAAUUAUGAAUGGAGCCAUAUUGUAUUUACUUUGAAAAUGAACAGUGGCUCUAAUAUAAUUUCAAGCUAUGUAAAUGGGUUAUUUGAUUCUUCUGUGACGACAGGAUAUGGAACUUUUAAUGAUAUAGGUCCUCACACCACAAUGACUAUAGGAGCUCAAAUUAGCUCUUCAGAAGUUUAUAAUUAUUAUCAAGGCUUUAUUUAUACUAUUCAGAUUUUUAAUGCAGUAAAACCUAUAUCAAGCCUAUCAACUACAUCUUGUACUGAAAGCUGUAGUGUUUGUCCUAGCAGCCAAGUAUGCAUACCUAACUGCAAAAUAAAAGAAUAUUGAAGCGGCCCAGCCUAUAACAAAUGCUAUAGUUGCAAUAUUAAAUGUAAAAAAAGUUGCAGAGACUGACGAGAUACUUGUUCGCUUUGCAAUAAUUUAUUAUGUGAAUCCUGUAGUGAUUAUUCAAGCUGUGAAGUUUGUAAAGAGCAUGCUAUUAACCCUGAUUCGUGUGCCUGUGAUGAUAACUAUGUACUUGAUGAUACCCAAAGUAAUACAUGCAUUCCAAUUGAGUCUGGCGGAUUCAAAGGAGAAGAUGGGCACUUUCAUAAAUGUCCAAAUUUAUGCUCAUCUUGUGAGUCUCUUACAAAAUGCACAGCUUGUACAAGUAAUGCUAGUCUUCAAAACGACCUAUGCUCUUGCAACUUAGGAUAUAAUGGAACAGAAAGUUGUAUUUUAGUCUCUUUUUCAGCAAAGCUUACAGUUUUGGCUGAUAACUCUUUAUAUCUGACUUUUUCCGAAAGUCUAGCAAAAAAUCUAACUAUUUCAGAUUUUGUUAUAAUAAUUAGAAAUCAAGAAGAAAUUUCAUCUAAAUUAGAAAAAAUGAACGACACAUGCUACUAUAUUUCUUUAGCAAUUACUGAGAAAAUUUCCCAAGGUACUUUAGCUAUUAUACAAUUCUUAGAUCUAUCAAAAGUAAAAUCGAUAUCAAAUGGUAUCUUAAAUUCAUCAGAGAUUUCUGCAAGCUUAAACUCAUAUGAUCCAGAAUCAAAUUCGCCAGUUACUGAGUCAGUCUCAUCUCAAUCCCAAACAGCAUCUCAAACAACUGUAUCUGUAGUUGCUUCUAUGUCAAUUAUAAAUUCAAGUCCAAGCUCUUUAUGAUGCCUGAUGAAUACUUUGCAAAUUCUGAGCUACAUGACUUUAUCAGGAAUCCCUUUUUCAAGCAAAAUGAGGUCAUUUUUGAAUAAUUUGAAUUCUUUUAAUUUAUUCCCUAACGUUUUCCAAUAUUUUAUAGAUAAAAACAAAGGAAAUACUCCAUACUCUCAAGCUGAAGAAUUUGGAUUUGACACUAAUCUAAUCCUAAUAAAUCAAGGAAAUGAUUUUACAUUGCUAUUAGGCUCAAUUGCAGCUCUACCUUUAAUUUUAUAUUUUUCACGAUGCUCUAAUAGAUGGAUAGGUAAUAAAUUUACAAAAAGAUUGGGAGAUUAUCAAUAUGCCUUUUAUUUUAGGUUUUGGAUUCAAUGCUAUCUUGAGUUAGGAGCAGCUGCAUGUGUUGGACUUACAAUUUUUGAAUUUACCAAUAUUACACAAAUUGCAAAUUUUGCUUUGUGUUUAUCUCUUUGCAUAUUACUAAUAUACUAAUUGACCAAGAAUAGCCCACUAAGGAGCCAUUCUUGGUCUGCCAGAAAAAAUUUUGACAAAAGAUCCUAAUCUGCCAUUACCACUGAGUUUUGGUAUUUCCAAAUUUUUUGGGCAAGCCAAAUGCAAUAAAAAAAAAUUGUUCUUUUGCGAUGAUGCAUUUGGCUUGUCAAAAAAAUUUGCAACACCAAAACUCAGUGGUAAUGGCAGAUUAGGAUCGUUUGGUGUUUCCAAAUUUUUUUGACAAGCCAAAUGCAUCAUCGCAAAAGAACAAUUUUUUUAUUGCAUUUGGCUUGCCCAAAAAAUUUGGAAACACCAAAAACUCAGUGGUAAUGGCAGAUUAGGAUCUUUUGUCAAAAUUUUUUCUGGCAGACCAAGAAUGGCUCCUUAGUGGGCUAUUCUUGGUCAAUUAGUAUAGCUACUCCAGGUGCAUAUUUUUGGUUUUCUUAUAAAAAUAAAGCCCGCAUUGAAACCCGUGAUAAAACAUUUUUUGCCUCGUUUAGCACUUUUUUUUAUGAGUUUCGAACAGAUAAAGGACUGAUAACAACCCAAUACUAUUUCCUAUUUUUUGCUAGAAGGCUCGUUUAUAUAAUAAAUUUGAUUUAUUUAAGAGAUUAUCCACAAACCGAAGUGACUGUGAAUAUUGUUCUUUCCUUUUUAACUAUGAUGUACUUAGCUUUGUGCUGGCCCUUUGAAGAUCAAAUUUUGCAAAUAACCAACUUAGUGACUGAAAUAUUGAUUUUCUUAAUUAUGAGCGCUACAACUGCUUAUUUAUUUAAUUUUGAGCAAGAAGUUAUAGAAGGGAUUGAGGAUUUUAUUAUCAUAAUUGUCCUAGUUAUUAUAGCAAUUCAAACAAUUUCUUCAAUAAUUAUUUUUUCUAAAACAUUAUACCAUGCUAGAAAAGAAAAACUUGUGAAGUCAGGAAUUGUCAAAGAAAACAAUAAUUUGCAAUGUAAUCGUAUUAGAAAAAUUCAAAUAUAA